CAACAUUGGACAGUCUAGAAUGUUUAUCCCAAGCCUGCUGGUAAUAAAGACUUUGUUUUCAAGCUCGCGUAGGUUCUCCGUUACAACAUUGAAAACGCGCCAUGUCCGUACCCGCACCAAUGCAAACCUCAGCAGCCUGCCUGUUCCCGUCGGGUACCUUCCUUACUUGGAACAUCAUAUCAGCCUUACCAGGUCUCCACCCAUCCCAUCUCAUUGCAAGCCCUACCUUAGGUAUGUACCUAUCCGAAAACCCGCCUACCCAGUUCAAUCCUGCUAAAACCCAGAAACCUCCACCACGUAUCAGCCUUCCUUCUAUCCCUCCAUCUGUUCAACUUACGUCUUCUUUCUUCUGCAUUCAGUGUUGUGUUGCUUCUCGUUCUCAAUACCAAAAUUACCCGCGGGACAGAACGAUCUCAGCUUUAUUAAAGUAAAAAUCACUUUACUUCCAAUACAGCAUCUCUUAAUGCUAUCCCCCCAACUGCCGUAUCAAAC